AUGGAGGAUGAUCUGUUCCUUCUGGUUGAUAGCGACGGCGACGGCGCGGUCACCUUGGAUGCCACCGCGCAGUACUUUGAACGCCACGGCCUCCUGCCGGACAAGGCCUCCGCGCUGAAAGAAGAGGAGACGCCUCUCAUGGCAUUCAAGCAGGCACGCAUCGACGCGACGACGUUUCGGCGGAUGGUCCAUCUCUUGUGUGCGCACUGCCGGGUCUCACUUGGCAGCGUCUGGAGCGUGUGCGUGGAGCAGGCGCUCUACUCCGCGUUCUGCGCCUGCGCCUCUGCGCCCGAGAUGGUUGUCUCGCGGGGGGCCAUGCAGGACGUGGAGCACCGCCUCAUGCGGCAUGGCGAGACGCGCCCGCCAGAUGCGGCGCCGUUUGCGGCGCAUACGUUUCCCGAGUUCCUCGACUACGGCGACUUUGUUGAGUUCUUUCUGGUCCGGUGGCCGCACCUGUCGAAGGCGAAGGUGUCGGCGCUGCUGCUGCGGCCGCCCCCCGCCUCGGAGCCACGCCAUGGGACGCCUGCCCCGCUGCAGCGGACAGAACACGUUGAUGCGGCGGCGGACCGUAACGCCCGGGAGCCGCGUGGCUGCGAGGACGAGCAGGAGGCGCUGCUGAGGUACGCCGCAGGGCUCAAGUCGACGUUGCGCUCCAGGGAGGAGCGGGUUGCGCGGGCCGACGGGCUGGAGGCGCAGAACGCCAUUCUCUUGGAGACGUUGGCUGUGGCCAAGGAGGAGCACGCGCAGGCGCAGGGGCAGAUUGUGAGGUUGUCGCGCGAAAUGGACAAGCUCCGGCGCGAGCUUGAAAAAAAAGCUUUCGACGCCCGCCCGCCGCCUUCGCACGCUGAAGCAGCGUACUGCGUGGGCCCCGUCGGUGACGUCUCGGGCGAUGACGCAAGGGCGCUCUCACUCGUCCAACGUCUUUGCCGUAGGCGGGAGCAGGCGGAGCUGGAGAGAGAGCUGCUGCUGCAGGAGCGAGAAUCCGAGCUCGAGGUGCGGCACGAGUUCCUUCUCCGUUGGGAGGAGGCGUUGCACAGGGGCGAGAAUGCGUUGGUUCAGCGCGAGUUGGAGACCCGCAGGCGCUGGUCCGAGGCCUUCCUGCGCAAGGAACGACAGCUGGAGCGCCUACAGGAGACGUUGGAGCUGAGGCAGCUUGAGGUUGCCGCGCGCGAGGCGGAAGUGAAGAGGCGCCGGUUGGCCCAAAUUGAACGGGAUCGCGAGGCCGGUGAGUUGUCGCUCGGCGAGAGACGCCGGCGGAUGCAGCAGCUGCACCUCAUUGAGAAGGAGCUGCGCAAACGUGAGGAAAGAGUGCGCGCGAAGGAGGCGCGUGACCUCCCGCACACCGUGGCCGAUGAGGUUCACCAUCGUCUGCGGCCGCCCGUGCAGCGGCGCGACGUUGACAAACUGGAACGCUUGCAAGACUCGCAGCAGACGGAGAGCGGGGCCGCAGACGGCUGCGUGUCGUCGCCGUCUAAGCCGCGUUCGUCGUACCUUUCCCUGCUAUCGUAG